GCGAAGUACCGGUGCGAGCGGGCGAAAUAGGAGGGGGGGUAGCAUCGUAGCGACGAGUGCUGCUACGCACCGCAACGAUUUACCGCAUUUAAAUUGUAUUUAUGUGACAUUCAGAAACCAAAUUUGACUUUGUAUUUUGCCAUCACAAAACAUGCCUGAUCACAUAAAAUUCUUCGAGAGUCUCUCCGGUGCGGGGAAAGCCAUCGCCGUGCUGACGAGUGGAGGGGAUGCUCAAGGCAUGAAUGCUGCAGUUCGUGCUGUGGUCCGCAUGGGCAUCUAUGUGGGAGCCAAGGUAUACUUCAUUCAUGAGGGCUAUCAAGGAAUGGUAGAUGGUGGAGAUAAUAUAAAAGAGGCCACAUGGGAAGGUGUCUCAAGCAUGCUGCAAGUGGGCGGCACGGUCAUAGGCAGCGCCCGCUGUAAGGAGUUCCGCACGCAUGAGGGCCGUCUGAAGGCUGCCCACAACCUGGUGCAGCGGGGCAUCACCAACCUGUGCGUGAUCGGGGGAGACGGCAGCCUCACAGGGGCCAACCUCUUCAGGGAGGAGUGGAGCGGCCUGUUGGAUGAGCUCGUCCAGCAGGGGUUAAUCGAUGCGGAGGCUGCAAAGAAGUAUUAUGCCCUGCACAUCGUGGGAAUGGUGGGGUCCAUCGACAACGACUUCUGUGGCACCGACAUGACGAUCGGAACCGACUCUGCCCUGCACAGAAUCAUUGAGGUUGUGGAUGCGAUCAUGACCACUGCUCAGAGCCACCAGAGGACAUUUGUGUUGGAGGUCAUGGGCAGGCAUUGUGGGUACCUGGCCCUGGUAAGCGCCCUUGCCUGUGGGGCGGAUUGGGUCCUAAUACCUGAGAUGCCCCCUGAAGAUGGCUGGGAGGAGCAGAUGUGCCAGAAGCUCUCUGAGACUCGAUCCCGAGGUUCGAGGUUGAACAUUAUUAUAGUUGCCGAAGGAGCCAUUGACAGACAUGGAAAAGCUAUUACCUCUAGUGUUGUCAAGGAUCUGGUUGUUCGGUGCCUGGGAUUCGACACCCGAGUGACAAUCCUGGGCCACGUCCAAAGAGGCGGCACCCCUUCUGCCUUCGACAGGAUCCUGGCCAGCCGCAUGGGAGUGGAGGCCGUCCUGGCCCUGCUGGAAACCACCGCCAACACCCCGGCCUGCGUGGUGUCCCUGUGCGGAAACCAGUCGGUUCGCCUGCCGCUGAUGGAGUGUGUGCAGAUGACACAGGAGGUGCAGAAAGCCAUGGAUGAGAAGAAGUUUGAGGAAGCAGUGAAACUGCGUGGCAGGAGUUUUGAAAACAAUCUGAAAACAUACAAACUCUUGGCCCAUCGGAAACCAGAGUCUGAGCUUCCCCAUAGCUCCUUCAACGUGGCCGUGCUGAACGUGGGCGCCCCCGCGGCCGGCAUGAACGCUGCCGUGCGCUCCGCCGUCAGGGUGGGCAUCACCGAGGGCCACAAGAUGUUCGCGGUCAACGACGGCUUCGAGGGGUUCUACAAGGGACAGAUAAAGGAAAUUAAAUGGGGAGAUGUUGGUGGCUGGACUGGCCAGGGUGGAUCACUGCUGGGAACAAAACGAACACUUCCUGCAAAGCACACUGAGAAAAUCGCUGAGCAAAUGCGGAAGCAUAACAUUAAUGCGCUGCUUGUUAUUGGUGGAUUUGAGGCCUACCUGGGACUGAUGGACUUGUUAGCUGCCCGUGGGAAAUAUGACGAGUUCUGUGUCCCCAUGGUUAUGGUACCAGCCACUGUCUCCAACAAUGUACCGGGUUCAGAUUUCAGCAUUGGCGCAGACACUGCUCUCAAUGCUAUCACUAAUACGUGCGACCGAAUCAAGCAGUCGGCCAGCGGGACCAAGCGCCGCGUCUUCAUCAUCGAGACCAUGGGGGGCUACUGCGGCUACCUGGCCACCGUCGGGGGGCUGGCCGCUGGCGCUGAUGCCGCCUACAUCUACGAGGAGCCCUUCGACAUUCGAGACCUCCAGGCCAAUGUGGAGCACUUGACAGAGAAGAUGAAGACCAGCAUCCAGAGAGGUUUGGUACUGAGAAACGAGAACAGCAGUGAAAACUACACAACUGACUUCAUCUAUCAGCUGUACUCAGAGGAGGGCAAGGGUGUGUUCGACUGCAGGAAGAACGUUCUCGGCCAUAUGCAGCAGGGUGGUGCGCCGUCCCCUUUCGACAGGAAUUUCGGGACGAAGAUAUCUGCCAAAGCUAUGCAGUGGAUCUCUAAGAAGCUCAAGGAGACAUAUAGACAAGAUGAAGGGAGGGUGUUUGCCAACACAGAGGACUCAGCCUGUCUCCUGGGCAUGCGGCGUCGUGCGCUCAUCUUCCAGCCAGUGGUGCAGCUCAAGGAUGAGACGGACUUUGUCCACAGAAUUCCGAAGGAGCAGUGGUGGCUGAAACUCCGCCCCCUGAUGAAGAUCCUGGCCAAGUACAAGACCAGCUAUGACGUGUCGGACGCCGGCCAGCUGGAACAUGUGGAGCGGAACAGGCCCAAAGAGACCGACGCCUCGGCCAUCUGAGGCC